UGUUAGCAGGAGAGGCAAAGUUCUCCCUGGGAUCUCCCCCCCCCCCGGGAUGUGGGCUCCUUGGGGAGGGGGUGGCUCCGCUAGUCUUCCCACACCCUUAGCAAUGUAUGGAGAUAUAUAUAUAUAUAUAUAUAUAUAUAACAUUUCUCCCUUUCAUCUGCACAUCCUCCCCCUUUUUCCUUCUGCUUAAGCAACUAGUGGAUUUCCAAAGUGAAAUUCCGGAGGAAAUUUGAGGAGUAUCCGGAUCCGGAGAAAGAAAAAAAGAAAGAAAGCAAGCAGGGAAAGGCAACGUGGAAAGGAUCAAAGGCAGUGCUGAAAGAGAAGACACAGCCAGGAAGACGAUGGGGGAGCAACCGAUCUUCAGCACCAGGGCCCACAUCUUCCAGAUCGACCCAGCCACCAAGAGGAAUUGGAUCCCUGCUAGCAAGCAUGCCUUGACAGUCUCCUACUUCUACGAUGCCACCCGCAACGUCUACCGGAUCAUCAGCGUGGGGGGCACCAAGGCCAUCAUCAACAGCACCAUCACCCCCAACAUGACCUUCACAAAAACCUCACAGAAAUUUGGCCAAUGGGCAGACAGCAGAGCCAACACGGUAUAUGGACUGGGCUUUGCCUCUGAGCAACAUCUCUCCCAGUUUGCAGAGAAGUUCCAAGAAGUGAAGGAAGCUGCUCGCUUGGCCAGGGAGAAAUCGCAGGAUAAGACGGAGUUGACCAGCCCAGCCCUCAGUCUGACUUCCCACCAGAUCCUGCCCAGCCCUGUCAUUAGUUCCAAUGGUCCUGGAGAGGACAAGCUGUUCCGGAGCCAGAGCGCUGACAUGGAGGUGACAACGGAGAGGGAGCGGAUCAAGAAGAUGCUCUCAGAAGGCUCCGUCUGCGAAGUCCAGUGGGAAGCUGAAUUCUUCAGUCUGCAAGAUAACAACAACAAGCUUGUGGCCGCCUUGCACGAAGCCAACGCCAACGUGGAGCAGUGGAAGAAACAGCUGGCAGCCUAUCAGGAGGAGACAGACACCUUGAGGCAGCGAGUGGCCGAGCUGGAAGCCCAAAGAGGCCACAAUUCCUUGAGUGAAGUCAAAGAGGCCAGUCCGGCCCUGGAAGAGUUGGAGCAACUAGUGAAAGCCAAAGAUGAGGAGCUUCAGCAGCUAAAGGGCCAGAAAGGGAGAUGCUGGGAAACGGAUGAGGAAUGCGAGGACACCCGUCAGAAGGUCCAGAACCUGGAGCAACGCAACGUGGACCUGGAGCAUCGUUUGCGCCUGGCGGAGCAGUCGCUGGCCAAGACGCUCUCUGAGCGAGAGAAGAUGCUGCACGAGGUGGCCAAGGUCGCAGAGAUCAUGGACAUGAAGAUCUUUGAGCUGGGCGAGCUGCGCCAGGACUUGGCCAAGCUGGUGGAGAGCAAUUGAGCCUGGGCGGGAAUUGGGGGGGGAGGGGAGGGGUUGCCUGAUGAUCGUCCUCAGAACGUGGACCUGGUGGAAGCGGACUAGCGAUGUGGCUGUGAAGUGGGUGGCUAGUGAGCUGCGACGAUGGUCCCUUGCGCCUCUGCCCUCCGUGAACCGUCCUUGAGAAGAAGAGUGAACACUGCCGUCAGGCUUGUUUUCCUGGCCUUCGUUCCCUUUUGGAUGCUUCCAUUUCUACAGAUGUGUCUUUUUUUAAUAGUACCCCCAACUGCUCUAAUGGUUUUUGAUAGAAAACUCUUCUUCCUCGCGCCCUUCCUUACUGGAACCCGUCUUUCCUGUAACCUCCUUGCUGUGUCUUUUUAACAAGAUUGCUUUUUAUCGUUUCCCAGAGACUUCCAAAACCCCAGGGGGAACCUUGACUCUCUUCCUGGAAGAAAAAUGGCUCUCUGUUUUCUACCCUCCUUCCAUUGUAUGACUCCCCCCCCCAAAGCAAGCAGUGGGGUAGGCAGAUCUGUCCAUGUGAUACUCAUCUUGGAAAAGCUGGCAGCAAGCGGGGAGGGACAGGUGUUAAUGUCAGAGAAAAAAGCUAUUUUGGGGAGGGGGCAGCCUGCCAAACCAGCUGCCAGUUUGGCAGUUUUCCCACUUUUGCAAUUCAUAAGCUCUAAGCCCACAAACUGACCCUUUCUUGGAUUGCUAAGGAAGCGCAUGGGCCAGGGAUAUUCUGAGAAGGAGUGCGAGGGGGUUGGUUUAUUGGCAGGAGUGCAAGUCCUCCCCAGCUUUUCUCCAGGGCAGCAGCAGGGAACCUCCAGUCUGUGGGACUAAUUAAGCCCAGCAGGGGUCCCACUGGGGCCGGCCAGGCUGAUUUCCUCAAAUCACAAUCAGAUUAAAAAAAGAUGGCUGCAAAGAAUCCAGCGGGGAACUUAAAGGGUGCUUCCCAUUUUUUUUUUUUGCAAGCAGAGCACAUGGAUGGCAGCGCCAACACCAAGUGCUCUUGAAGUUUUCUGGAUGCAAGCGUAAUUUGGAUUCGAAUUACACCUGCAAAUGGACUUCAGAGGCACUUGCUGCAACCACCAAUGAGCUGAUUGGCAGUUUACAGUGAGCCCCUUUGGAGACGCACAGUCAGCGCCAGACAACUGACUGCCUCUGACAGAGUGCUUUCCAAAGGGGCUGCUCUCAGCAUGAUCUCCGCUGGAAAAAUAGAUCCGGAUACGAGAAGAGCAUUUUAUGCCUUGUGUGUGGAAGUAGCCUUAAGGUUGGGGUCCAGGGCCAAGCUGGAGCAACGGGCUCUGGGGCCUGCUGUCUCUGGAGUAAGCACUCUCUUCCUGCCAGGGCUGUCCCUAGUACCGUUAGGCAGCGUGAUAUGGUGGCCUCGGCAAAUGCUGGGGGCAGACGGGGCAGAACUGUGUUUGCACCACCUGCCCUGCCUCCCCCCCCACUAGCUUGGCUGCAGUAAAAAGGAUGCUCUCCCAUCACUAUGUUUGAAGAUUCCUCUACCACUCUGGUUGGUUUCUGCACAUGGAAUGGAGUGUCAGGGAGGGGGUGGUCCAGUGCCCCCAAGACCCACAACUCGAAUGUGGCUGUCAUG